AUGAAUUCUUUUUUCAGUGAAGAUACUAAAGAAGAAGAAAAACUCUUACUUAACAUUUUAAAAAAUAAAGAUGAUAAGUUACCAGAAAUAAUUGAAAAAAUAGCAACUUCACAUUUAAUUAGAAAUAAUGAGAAAAAUGAAAAGGAAGAAUUAAAUAUUAAAAGUGAAAACACUGAAUAUUUAUAUAAUAAAGAAGGAAAUAAUCAUAAUAACAUAAUUGAUAAAUAUACAAAUGAAGAAAAGAUAAAUUUUGAUUUAGAAACAAAUAUUUUCUCAUUUCAUAUAAAAAAAAGUGGAAAAAUAAAUUCAGAUAUAUACUUUUUACCAUAUAUAAGUGAGGAUAAUAAAGAUAUAAUUACAGAGUAUACUUAUAAUUAUGAUUAUUACGAUAUUUAUUCUGAAAAUGUUCAAAAUACUAACAAACGUAUUCACUCAAAUAAGCGUAACUUAGAAGAAAAAGACGACUUCUUAAAUAUAAAUAAAAAAAUUAAAAUUAAAAAAGAAAUAGAAAAAUUAAAUUAUUUAAAAAUUUCUGAACAAAAAAAAAAAAACUUUCAAAAAUUAUUAGUUCAUUUUAGAGGAAGAUUAUUUAUUGGUAAUAAUGUUACUUACUCCUUUUUUAAAACAAAAACAUAUUUAGCAAUGUUACAUAAUAAUGAACAUAAUAUAAAGGAAAUCGAAGAUCUUUACUUUGUUAAUAAAAAAAUACAGACAUAUAACUUAAUUAAAAAUGCAACAUAUUGGAAGCAGGAUGAAUAUCCUGAUAUAUCUGAUCAGAAUAUACAAAAACUUUUUUUUUUUUUAAUUAUACCACCUCUAAAUAACUACAAAUAUGAAGAAGAAAUAAACAAUAAUAUUAUUUUUUAA